AUGUGCGGUUUUGGUUUCAUGGCUUACGGUUUUGAUUGCUGCCAUCGCUCAAUUGAUUUUCCACUAAUGCCAUCGAUUGGACAAACCGAAAUAAAAGUGAAAUGCAAAGUA